AUGAGGAUUAACGCACAGGGACGACUCGUGGUUAACUUCAGGACCGAGGCUCGCUUCAGGGGCCUCUUCGUCCUCUCACACAAAGGGUCCUCCGUGGCGUCGAUGGUGAUGUGUGCGGACCACCCGGGCCUGACCUUUAACCUGACGCUGGUGCGGAGCGAGCCCAGCUACAGCCACCCCCUGCAGCUGUGGAGCUUUGUGUCCGACUUCGCAGUGCGGGACUACUCUGGGACCUACACCCUGAAGCUGGUCCCGUGCUCGGCCCCUCCUGGUCUGGACUACAGUCUGCCCCCGGUCUGCAGCCCCCGGGACCCACUGAGCUUCGAGCUGGACAUCCGCUUCCAGCAGGUGAGUGACCCGGUGGCAGCAGAGUUCAGUCUGAACACUCAGCUGCUGCUGUUGUCAAAGAAAACUCUGUGGCUCUCAGACGGAUCCAUGGGCUUCAGUCAGGAGAGCGACACUGCCUUCUCCAGAGGGGACGUGGUGUACGGCCGGGUGAUGGUGGACCCGGUGCAGAACCUGGGUCACUCUUUCAUGUGCAACAUAGAGAAGGUGUUCCUGUGCACGGGGGCGGAUGGAUACGUGCCCAAGUACAACCCCACGCAGGGGGAGUUCGGCUGCCUGGCCGACGCUCCGUCACUGCUGCACCGCUUCAAGAUCCUCGACAAGGCCCAGCCGGAGACCCAGGCGCGUUCCUUCGGCAACGUGGCCUUUAAUGCAGCUCUGGCGGUGGACGACCCCGAGGCCCUGGCUCUGGUGCGACAGCCGGGAUCCGACGGGUUCAAGAUGGACUCCACUGCCCUGUUCCAGGAACUGUCUGAAGGAGUUUGUGACAGUUGA